AUGAAACUUAAGUACACUAUUGUCUCCAAUAGGCAUUUAUCCGAUUACUCUGGAUGUCCCAAAGUCAAGACAUAUCUCAAAUAUGCCGACCUCUUGGUCGACAUAACCAACGAGGCAGCUGCUAUCCCAGGCUCUGGCGAUGAUAAAGUCGCUUUCACCUACAGUUUCGAGGUUGCACGUUUCGUGGAGCAUAGUGUCACCAUCGGCGAGAAGGUCACGGCGAACGAGAUUAUUAUCAUUACAGAAGAAGCAAGGGGGGAACGAUUCUCCGUGGUCCGUGUUGAUGUAAACAAGUUGGAGCGUUUGCAGGUCACUGAACUUCCAUCACAUGUAGGGGCAUACAAGUUCUUUCCUAAGCCUAUAUUGCAUACCUUGUUUGCUGCUAUAGGAUUGCGGACUAUUGAAGGUCAAUUUGACUUGCCCUACGAAGGAUCACUCAACCAGAUAUUUUCCCAUAUUGAGUUGACAUCUGUAAAGGAACUAAUUGAUCAGGCGCGGAAGGUUUAG